AAAACCCUGGCGGCUUUAGCUUGACUGGAGUGUUGUCUCUCCCUGGUGUGGCAUUCGCAUUCUAACGCUCAUGUGGUAACAUCCAGCAUUGCUUGGCUUCCCCUCCACACUGGCCUGAUUCCAGGGAUUUGAAGUAGACGGGAUAGACAGAGGGAAAGAGCGACAAAGUGCAUGUAUGCUGGUGCAAGAUAAGUGAAUUUUGAAGUAGGAGGGAAAAAGAACAGAGGUCCAGAGAAGGGAAGAAAAGAAGAAGCAGGUGAGAGAAAAGGUGGAAAAGGGAUCUAGAAGAAACAGAGGUGAAGAAAGGUCAAUUAGCUGAUUGUACACUACACAUCCACCAUUAUGGCAGCCAUGGAAGCACUGGAAUCCUCGAGUGCCCAGCUGGAGCCUCAAACCCUCACUGAGAUCUCAGACGACGAGGUCAACCUCCCUCCCUCAGAUGACGAAGACGAUGCCCUUGCCGCAGCCAAGAGAGAGCUGUCCACCAUGGGCACGGAGGGGGAUGCUGCUGAAGACAAGGGUGAGGCGGCAAAGCUGGACCCGCAGGCAAACGGGGUCAUGGUGCUGUCUUUGCUCGACAAGAUCAUCGGGGCAGUGGACCAGAUCCAGCAGACCCAGAGCGGGCUCGAGGCCAGGCAGCAAGAGAUGGAGCGUACGGUGACCAGCAUCCAGGGCGAACUGACCAAACUAGCCAAGAGCCACAGCACCACAUCCAACAGCGUUAAUAAGAUGAUGGAGAAGGUGCGCAAGGUGAGCGUGAAUGUCAAGACGGUGCGAGCCACCCUGGAGAAGCAAGGAGGCCAGAUCAAGAAGCUGGAGACCAACGAGGCCGAACUGCUUAAGAGACGCAACUUCAAAGUCAUGAUCUACCAGGAUGAAGUGAAAGUUCCCUCAAAACUCAGCAUCUCUAAAUCCAUGAAGGUCUCUGAGUCUGUGUCAGGAAGUAGAGGAGGCAGCUUGCUAGAGCUUAAGGAAACUGCGGAAGAGCCUGGAGAGGAGGGAGGAGAAGGAGAGAAGGCAGACAAACCCCAUGUAGACCUGUCAUCAGAUGAAGAAGGGGUGGAGAUUGAGGAGACCAUUGAGGAGUCUCGUGCUGAACGCAUCAAGCGCAGUAGCCUGCAGCGCGUACAAACCUUGAAGACAGUCUUCUCAAAGGAGAAGAUGGAUAAGACCAAGGCAAAGACCAAAGAGAACCUGGAGAAGACCAAACAAAAAACCAAGGAGAACCUGGAGAAGACAAAGCAGAAGACAAAAGAGAACCUGGAAAAGACCAAGCAGAAAACCAAGGAGAAUUUGGAGAGGACCAAGCAGAAGACUAAGGAGAACCUGGAGAAGACCCGUCACAACAUUGAGAAGAAGAUGGGAAAGCUUGGAACACGCAUGACUGUCAACCCUGAGCGCAGACAAAAGAUGCAAACAUCCCGUGACAAGAUGAAGAAGGCCUUUACACCAGACCAUGUUGUUUACGCCCGUUCCAAGACUGCUGUGUACACGGUGCCCCCCUUCACCUUCCAUGUCAAGAAAAUCCGCGAGGGUGCUGUCGAGGUGGUCCAAGGCACUGAGAUGGUGGAAGUGUCCCAGGAUGCCGAGCCUUUCAGUGGGGUGGAUGGGGAAGUUGAGGAAGGUGCAGUCGAGGUUGAGAUGGAGAUGAUGAAUGGAGGAGGGGAUGAAGAAGAGGCGGAGGAGGAUGAAGAGGAGGACAGCCAUGAUGCCCUGCAUGAGAAUGAAGACAGAGAUAGAGACAGUGAUUAGAUAAAGAACGAGUAAUUUGCCAUGAUCCUAACAAAAUCCUUUGCACCAACCCUAAGUGUUCUGCAAAAACUGAAUAAAUUGUUGAGAAUACUGUUAAAAAAUAAUUACGGUUGAUUUAUAGUUGGGUCUUAUUUUUAUUAUUUUGGCCACUAUUCCCAUCAGUUAUAUUAACUUUGUACUCACCAAAAUGUUAAGAUCUGGGAGCAUGGCAAUAUUGCCACAAAUUUGACAGAUUAGUCAGACAAUCAGACAGUUAUUGAUCAAGCCAAUAGUUUAUCCAUAGCACUUUAUAUGGCAAACUGCACCCAAAAUGUCAGUAAUAAUCAUUCACUGAACAGGUUUCCAUUAUUGUUUGAAUCGUAAAUCGUACUGGAACUAGUCCUAGAACUACUAGAACUACUCUUGAAGAGGUUGAAAGCACCAUUCCCCAAAAUGACUGGAGAUAGGGUAGCUGAUAUCUGUUGGUGGCAGUAAUCUGCACUUUGGAGAAUAUGCAGUACACAAUGGCAAAAAUGGGCAACCUCAAGGUUCAUCGGGCUUGGACAGAUACUUAAAUAUGUUGGUAUAAAUCGUGGAAUAGCUUUUAGUCACAUUAAAAUUCAAACAUAAUCUAAAGUAAUUUUGCAGCAACAGACUGACCACGUGAAAAACAGUGAAGAGAACAUGUUGUUUAUUUUCUUUGUCAUUGAGCAAAUCCUAGAUCCAAACUGGUUGGAAGAAUUAUCCAAUCAGAAGCUAGCAAAGUGCUGCAGUAAUAGGUGAGAGGGUGUGGUCCGGGAUAGAAAUUGGUUUAUUUCAGUCUCUCAAACAAAAUGCUAAGAGUGAUUAAAUAAUGCAAUCAGAUGAGAUAUUUUAAAGUCAUAUUUACUUAAAUUGUUUAAGCAGAAACAAAUUCUGGGCUAACAGUGUACAAGUUCAAGUAUGGUAAGCAUUGUACAGGAGGUAAAAGUUGAACCAGGAGGAUGGCUAUUUCUGCCUUUGUUUUCUCUUCUAUAUAAGUUUGGCUAACUUUUGGGUUUGUUUGUUUCCACCCUGUCGGAUUCUUUGACUACUCAUGUCACUUAACUUGUCAGACUUCUUUUCAGCAAUGGUCCCCAAUGUCUGGAUUGCUAAGUGAGCAGGGCAGGCAACUGCUCUAGAGUUCAACUGGCCCUGAAAGCUCCAGGACUGAUGUAUGUUAGCUGAUUUAUGUUAGUUUUAUUAAAACUUUCUUUGUAAAUAUAUACCAUUAAAGUAUCACCUGACAUGGUAAGUGUCUACGGAAUGGUCCUCCCUCAUUACCUAAUCUUAAGGCCCCUGCGUAUGGAGGGAUGUAUCACCUGAUGCUGCAGUUCCUCAUAGAUUUUUGUAUCUGUCAGUUCAUUGUUUUGGGUUCAGUUGGUUCAGUCUCACCGCUCUCAAUAACUAACUUUCCAGCAGCAGCAGGCAGCUGUUUUCAGUGAAAAAGCUAUAAUAAACCUACCUACCUAAUACCUACUCAGCAGCAAAGAACAGACAAAGUUAGCUAAUAGCUGAUGAAGAAAGUAAAAUAUUUAGUAGCUGAAGGAACAGGUGUUUUUCUCUGUAGCUGGUGGAGACCAAAACAGACCUAAAAGGAGGGUGAGUAUUGGACAUAAGUUACCAGGUGGGCACAAAAACAAAAAUGAAUGUUAGAUCAAAUCUGCUUGAUGUGUAAAUAGGCAACUGUUUGCUAACACAUUCAACUUUAUAGGGUGAUAAACCUUGUUGGGCUUUUAAGUGGUCAAAAAUAUUUUAGAGCUAAGCCAGGGUUAGGUAGUAUUCUAACUUAGAAAAACUGCACACACACCUGGGUCAGCAGGUGCCUGGAGCAUCCUAGCAGUAUAAUCUAACCAUGGGCUGCCAUAUUCCCAGGUCUCUACAGGUUAAGACAAUAUCAUUAUAACCAGUCGGGAUGAUAGCCAAUACUAUAAAAAUAACCCAAGUUUUAAAAAAAUGCAUUUUUUAAAGGUUUUACUUUAUUUGACUACAAGCUGUCUGCUGAAAAUUCUGAAUUCAAAGAGCUUAAUGAAAAUCUUAUCAUAUUUGCAAAAGCACUUCAGGGGUUGUUUAGAGUGUGCUUGUGUUUGGAUGGUGUAGAUGAUCACUAAAAUUGAAAGAGGAGGAAAAA